AGCAAAUUAACAGAAUGCGUGUCCAGUAUUGUCUCUUAGCCGCCGUUUGCUGCAUCGCCCAAACAUGGGCUGGAGCGUUGCCGCCGUUCAUAAAGGCGUGCUCAGCAUCCGACCCGAAACUGAAUCAGUGCAUCGAGAAGGUAGUCCAAAUCGCUGCGCCUAAGUUUGCCGAGGGCAUUCCGGAGUUGGGCAUCGCCCCAUUGGACCCCGUGCAAUUGGGCACCGUCGAUGUUAAGAGCAACGCACUGAAGCUUGUCUUCACCGACACCGUCGUGACCGGCCUUCGGGGAUCCAAGAUUAACUCCUUUAAAAUCAACAUCGAGAAGGGCAAAGCCACCAUCGACUUCACGGCAAAUGUGACCUUAAAGGCGCAUUACAACAUGGACGGGCAAGUGCUCAUCCUUCCCAUAAGAGGAAACGGCGCGGCCAAGAUCAAAAUCACGAACUUAAACAUCAUAAUCAAAUAUGACUACGAAACGAAAGAUGGGCACUGGACAGUAACAGACUACAAGGACAACUACAAGAUGGAUCGCGCCCAGUUCAAAUUCAGCAACCUAUUCGGAGGCAACAAGCAGCUUGCGGACACAAUUGAAAAGGUGAUAAACGAGAACUGGGAGCCUGUGAUACGCGACAUCGCGCCGGUUGCCUUCCACCACAUCAUAAAAGCCUGCGUCGAUGAGUGCAAAAAGCUUUUUGCCGCCAUACCAGCCAACCAACUAAUGCUGCCUUAAAACUUGGAACUAUAAACUACACAAGUACACAUAAUAUAGACAGAAAUCUCGCCAGUAUUAGAUUUUAUCUAUGCACCUAAGUCUAAGCAGGGACUGAAUAACCUGAACACAAACAACAUUUGGAAUAAUUUACAUAUUUCUUAAAUGACGCCUAAAUGUCACCUGAUAGUUAUUAAUUUCACUAUAAUUUUACUGAUUGAUGUAAAUAUCUAAAGGCACUAACAACUUCAAAACUAUUUUUUCUCUAAAACGAUGUCUACAUGUAUAUCAUGGUAUAUCAGU